AUGUUUCUUGAUGUACAGAAAAAAUGUGACCUGUUGGAGAUAUUGAAAUCAGAACACUUUGAGCUCCGCCUUGCUUAUCUUGUGGACAUAUUUGAAAUCUUCAACCAGCUGAACUUGAGACUCCAAGGAAAGGAUUCAAACUUGCUCAGCCACUGUGACUCAAUACAUGCAUUUUUGGCCAAAUUGGAGCUGUAUAAGAAGAGAGUGAGUGUAGGAAAAUUUAUGAUGUUUCCAUCAUUGAAUGAAGUUCUUGCUGAUGGUCAGCUUUCAAGUACCUUGUCCAAGGAAAUCAUGGACCACUUGUCUCAGCUAGAUGAUGAAUUUCGCCGUUACUUUCCUGACUUGAGCCCUCAGCAUGCAGGAUUAGCAAAAAAUCCUUUCUUAUGUCAGGUUGAUGAUGUGUUAGAAGACGCACAAGAAGAGUUCAUUGAGCUUCUCCAUGAUUCAACAGCCAAGAAUGUGUUCCAGUCAAACUCCUUGUCUAGCUUCUGGUGUUCAAUGAUGGAAUCAUAUCCAAAAUAA